CAGUUUCAGUUGUGUCAAGCUAGGCGAUCGAGUAGGACGCUCUUUAAUCGUUCCACCUCCAAAUCUAUCUCCCAACCGCCCGCCUGUUUGCUAAACUUGAACCGGAGCCACGCGCGCACAAGUCUCGUAUUUAUUCUCAUUCUCUUGCUCUUGUCUUGGUUAUUUAUAUUUUCAUUCAUUUAUUUUCUUCAUCUUAAUCAUCAUUAUCAUCAUCAUCAUCAUCAUCAUCAUCAUCAUCAUCAUCAUCAUUUUCAUAAAGUACGCUACAACUUUCGUAACGUCACUACGUCCGCUGUCAUCCCGAGCUCUCACCGUCACCGUUAUCGCCGUCGCCGUCACACUCACCGAGUACUAGUCUUCUAUUCUAAACAAACACUAUUUAUUAUUAUAAAUAAAUAUUUAAGUAUAAUAAAUUUAAAUUAAUAUCAAGAGAAAGUUAAAUCAACAACUAAAACAAAACACAGAGGGUAGUGCGUGCUCAUGUGUGGGUGACGUGCCAGCUUGUUUAUCUGAUAACUGGAAGACAGUCGCGUGUGUCCAUGUAAUCACGUGCAACGUCUCAGUUGCUCUAACCUCUAAGUAAUCCGACGCUAAAAUAGCCAGUGGAUUGUAGACUGCAAACUGCUAAUUGUAAACUACCUAGUCGGGUUACUGAUUACACCUCCACCCUCAACAUUGCAAGCUGAUAACCAAAAAUGUGUCUAGUGCGGCUGUAAAUAAUUUUUUUAAAUUACUAUCAAUAAUUAUCAACUAUCAAUCCAAUAUCAGUAAUCAGUAAUUAUUAUUAUUAAAAAAAAAAAAAAAUUGUUAUGAUAAUUUAUUGAGAAUUCACGAGAUUUGCGUCCAAGACAAUCAACGGCACUUGAUUUUUAAAAUUAAAGUUGCUGUAAAUGAUAACAUAGACCUAAAAUUGAUUAAUAUUGAUGAACUAUUAUUAAAUAUCAAGUAAGAAUGUAUGUAAAGGACCAUGAACACUUGUCGACAUAUCUUGAAGAGUAAAUUUCUUGAUCAGUAAAUCUUAGUAGAUUUGUUAACAAAGAAAUAAGAGAGAAAGAGAUAAUAUUGUCACUUUCUACCUGGCAUACUGAGUAGUGGGCGCGUGGUCUCAUUUAGCGACCUUGCCUCCAAGGACUCGUGAAGAAAAGUAAAACAACGAGACAAUCAUUAUCAGUGAUCCCAGGUACCCUCACGCUCAAUUGCACGUACAAAAUAUAUUAUUCACUGGACUUAUUAAAAAUAAAUAAAAUAAUUGAUGAUUUUGAUGCUGGUAGAUAUUAAUUCAUCUAGAUAGUACAUGUGUAAAUAAAUUAGCACGUGUCGUGCAUAUCCAAGGUUACUUUGAUAAAUAAAUUAGAGAUUGAUUGAAUUUAAAGGUUGUGAUCAGCGAACAAUUUGUCAUUCUAGUCAUAUCAUUAUUGUGAUUGCGCUCUAGAGUAAAAAUUUACGAGAGUUUGAGACCGAAUAUCGGUUAAAUUAUUAUUGUAAUUAUUGCUCGGUUUGAGAAGAGUUGAGAAAAGAGGAUAAGGAGAGCAGGCUGGAAGUUUUAAUCAGCGAGUCAAGCUGUGGUGGCAAACAAGUGCACCUCGAGAUCAAGAUUCGAGUAAAUUUUGUUUUGUAAAAAAUCAGCAUUGGAAUCAACAAUUGGGCGGCGGAAGAAAAAGUCUGUGGGAAGCGGUAGCGGGAAAGUCGGCCAUUCUCCGGCCAUUUACCCGCGGAAAUAAUUACUCCGGGUGUGAGUAUAAAUAUUUUAUUACUAGCACCGGGAAAAAAUCUGAAUUCGGCGAGCACGAGGACGUGAACGCCUUGGAAAGAGGCUUGAACGCCAUCACCACGUAUUUUCAUUCGUACUCGUUUGUGCCGGGAGGUGCGGUACCCCUGCCACCGGCCCUGCACGGAAGUCAUCCCAGUUUUACCGGCGGGCACCACUUGUUCGGCCAGCAGGGCUGCAGUCUCGCCUGCACCUGCACCUGUACCUGUACCGCGAGCAUCGUCUCCGCGGCAGCACACCACCCUCAGUUGCAUCAGCACCAUCGUGCCCUUGGCACUGCAUCCUCCGCCACGGUUCUCCUCCAGCCCGUCGAUCAGAUCAAGGACGCCAUGGUGAGUGUCCCCAUGAGUGAAUUUCUGCAACGAGUAACGAGCACAUUUGACCUGCGGAGAGGAAGUGAUGAACUCUUGUCUCAAAGUGGUGCCGUCAAUAAUGGUGCAUCGAUGAGUCCUCAACCUCAUCAUGCGACUGACAACAACAAUGAUGCGAAAAAGGCCAAGCUGGACAAGAGCCACAACGGAAAGCCCUCAAGGGUGAUCCACAUACGGAACAUCGCCAGCGAGGUCUCAGAGUCCGAGAUCAUUAAUUUAGGAAUGCCCUUUGGCAGAGUGACCAACGUCCUUGUUCUCAAGGGAAAGAAUCAGGCGUUUUUGGAAAUGGCUGACGAGAACGCCGCGACGACGAUGGUCGGUUAUUAUGCAUCGAGCGGUGCUGCUCUCAGAGGACGUGCUGUCUAUGUUCAAUUCAGCAAUCACCGGGAACUCAAGACUGACCAGGCCCACAGCAACGCGGUCAGUAGUCUCGCUACAAACAACAUCGUCAAUAAAUUAAACAACUCUAACACGCAAGUAGCACUGCAGGCGGCUCAGGGCCAGAAUAUCCAGAGUCCUGGCGAAACUCAAGGAGGACCCAACACCGUGCUUAGGGUCAUCAUCGAGCACAUGAUCUACCCUAUUUCUUUGGACAUUCUUUAUCAGAUAUUCACGCGCUUCGGAAAAGUAUUAAAGAUUGUCACUUUCACUAAAAACAGUACGUUCCAAGCCUUGAUACAGUACUCGGAUACAAUAGCAGCCCAGAAUGCUAAAGCGACUCUCGAUGGACAAAACAUCUACAACUCUUGCUGCACACUGCGCAUCGACUUUAGCAAAAUGCAGAGCUUGAAUGUCAAAUACAAUAAUGACAAAUCACGGGAUUACACAAAUCCGACGUUGCCGACUGGUGAUCCAAAUCUUGACGCCGCUUCUUUGGCACUUGGUGGUGAAUUACUUCCUCAGCUUCUUCUCAGUGCUGGUACUCAACAGCGCGCUCGUUUACCUGUAGAGUCAAUUACAGGAGCUCCGAGCGUCCUUGCGUCGCCUUUUGCCGCAAUGCAUGGACUCCCCUCGCCUCUAGGAGGCCCUUACGGUAAUGGCGUGGCACCAGGUGCUGGACUCGCUGGUCUUGGCGGCUUCAGUCUCGGCGCGGGUGCUCUGGGUGUUCGUGUGCCCGGCAAUCCCCAGAUUUCCUCUGUCUUGCUCGUCACCAAUCUUAAUGAAGAGAUGGUCACGCCUGACGCUCUCUUUACCCUGUUUGGCGUUUAUGGGGAUGUACAACGUGUGAAGAUUCUUUACAACAAAAAAGACUCAGCCCUUAUCCAGAUGGCCGAGCCUCAUCAAGGACAUUUAGCAAUGACUCACAUGGACAAACUAAAAGUCUUUGGAAAACAAAUCAGAGUGAUGGUGAGCAAACACCAGACUGUCCAAUUACCGAAGGAGGGACAACCAGAUGCGGGUUUAACUAAAGACUACACCAACAGUCCUCUUCACCGAUUCAAAAAGCCUGGCUCGAAAAACUACCAAAAUAUCUACCCACCAAGUGCGACCCUGCAUUUAUCAAACAUUCCGGCGACUGUAACAGAAGACGAGAUAAAGGAUGCAUUUACGUCGAACGGCUUCACAGUCAAAGCAUUUAAAUUCUUCCCUAAGGACAGAAAAAUGGCCCUUAUUCAGAUGCCUAGUAUGGAUGACGCAGUAGCAGCUCUCAUUAAAAUGCACAACUAUCAAUUGAGUGAGUCCAACCACCUGCGAGUUUCAUUUUCAAAAAGCAACAUCUAACAAGAGAGACCUUACAUCGAGUCGCAGUGGUUCCAGCCAUACGCUCUUGUUCACUAUUGGACCCACUCUACCCUCUAUGACUGAUAGAUCCACCGACUCCACAAUCGCUCCGAUAAUGGACUACCAUUCACCCAAGCACACUACAUACUACUGCUAGAUACUGCUAUACUUUACCCAUCGAACUUAACAGCCAGCUCGCUAUCAUUCGUCAACGUCCUUCAGCAGCAACACUUGACAAUCAAAGUCUAAGGGAAUGAGUAUCAGGACUUCGGUCAACUUGUCACAUUCCUAUUAAACAAACGCUAUCAGUUAUUACAAUUAUUUUAUCUGAUAAUUAAUUAUUUUUAGUUAUUAUUAUUAAUACUAAUAUUAAUAUUAAUUUAGAUUUUAAAAGCUAAUCAUGUGAGACUUGAUAAUAAUUAAGAAUAAGAGUGUCUUUGCGUUACUAAAGUAUACCGAUAAUAGUUGAUCAUGAUAAAAAUUACCGUCGGAUU